UUUUCCCUUGAUAAUUGUUGGGGCAGGAAUUUGACCCAUCCCUACCAGAGAAACUAUUUGAUGGGAUACUGGCCAGUCAGGAGUACAGCGAUGCUCAAGACAAAGAGGACUUCAUCAUGACGUCUCUUGCUGUCAGCCAGCAACAAAAAGAAGCCAUCGAGAGGGCCACAGUUGGGCAGACGAGCAAUGCAUUAUGGGCAGCAUAUCGCAAGAAGAGGAUCACAGCGAGCAACUUUGGUUUGGUUUUGUCUGCAGUCAGAAGACAGUCUUUCCCACCUUCAUUGUUCAAGACACUGCUGGGAGAAUACAACCCCAAACAAGGAGCUCGUGCAUGUGAUUGGGGAAUCGUGCACGAGAAAGAGGCCAAAAAGAAGUUCAUGGAACAAAGUGGGGAGACCAUCCUGGAGAAGGGACUGUUCCUGUCUGACAGUGGGCUGCUUGGGGCCUCCCCAGAUGGACUUCUACUGUCCAGCAAUUACCUUGUGGAGGUGAAAUGCCCAUAUUCUGCCAGAGAGAAAACAAUCGCUCAGGCAGCAGAGGCAAAGGACUUUUACCUGUACGUGGACCAAGUCACCGGGCUAUUUAGGUUGAAGAACACCCACAACUACUGGCAUCAGAUUCAGGGCAACCUGCACCUGACAGAGGCUACCACCUGUCAUCUAGUUGUAUGGACAACUCAGGACAUGGCCAUUGUAGAGAUUAAAAAAGACCCAGCCUGGGUCAGCAAUCUUAAGGUCCUGGAAAAUUUUUACAAGGACCAUUUUCUGCCCCGUGCUCUCUUCAAUAACAAAUAAAUGUUAACUUAUUGAACUUA